CAUGAUUCAGAAAUUCAGAAAAAAACUGCAAAAGAUGCACAAGUUGGUUUAAGUGUGCACUUAGACACAUUUUAUAGUUUAAUUUGCAGUCGGAUAAAGAACCAAAGAGAAAGAAAGUUCAACUUCACAAGUACAGAUGGAUAUGUUGCAGCUGUGCUUUGUUGCUGUUCUUAUCAAAGGAGUUUCAGGAUUUUUAAUACCUGUGAACCAUACAUCCCCACCAGACCUGAUAGAGCAGGCAGAGCAGCUGGUGUACUUUGAGGCUGGUCAGCCACUGGAAGUGCCUUGUUAUGCAGAGGGAAGACCACAACCUAGAUACACUUGGAGCAAAGGUGUAGAACUGUUUGAGCCAGACGAAGAAGACAAUGUGACCAUGGUCAGUGGGAGAGGUACCCUGAGGUUUCAGCACCCUGAUGGUACCAUAGAGGGGGUCUACCAGUGCAGGAUUUCCAAUGGAGAGGGCCCAAUUGCAUGGAGCCAUUUUAUUAAGCUUGUCCAAGCUUAUAUUGUGGAGCCAACCACCACUUUUGAGGAGCAAGCCUCUUCUGGGGACACUAUAUCAAAUAAUGUGGACGUUGGAGAUUCUCUCAUAUUGGACUGUGCCGUUCCUCCCUGCGUGCCACCCCCCAAGAUAACAUGGAUGAUAGGGAAUGAUGGGUUACCACCUCGCCCUGUACAACUGGGAGAAAGGGUUGCUGUAGAUGAUCAUGGCCGACUUAUCUUCACCAACGUACAGCCCACUGAUGCACAAGAUGGCAACUUGUAUUUCUGUGCCGUGGAAAAUCCAUUUCUCAAGAAGUCUGUCCAUGGUGAAGGUCAAACUAUAUUUCCUCGUGGAGACAUCAGUGUCGCUCCCAGGACACCACCAUCCAUACUUUGGAGCCCAGCACAACACAUUGUGGUGCUCCAGAAUGAAACUGUUAGGGCCAAGUGUGUCUUUAAGGGAAACCCCACCCCACGUAUUACCUGGAGCAUACUUCGCGGUGACCGCCCCCUACCUGAUAGAGCAUCCAUUGAAAGCGGAAGUACAGAACUGGUGAUUGAUAAUGUGCAGUUUGAAGAUGGUGGACAAUACAAAUGCUUUGCCCAAAAUUCAGAAGGAAGCGCACAUAAAUCAUUUGUUUUAUCUGUGGAAGCUAAGCCGGAGUGGAUAGCAAAGCCAGAGAACCAACGUGCAUCAGAAGGCGACAACGUGACAUUUGUGUGUGAAGCAAGUGGAAAGCCUCUGCCAACAGUAGAAUGGUUCAUCAAUGGAUUACCCCUCAGUGAUAUGCGUUCUCAUCCAAGAAGAAUUGUUACUGACACCAGUUUGACCUUCCUCAAUGUGGUCCCCUCUGACACAGCCGUGGUCCAGUGCAAUGUAUCCAAUAUUCAUGGGUAUAUGUAUCAGAAUGCAUAUCUCAAUGUGCUCAGAAUUCCACCAACAUUUACCUCAAGGCUUCCGUCAGCUCUCACUGUGAUGGAGGGGAGCGCAGUGAAGAUUGCCUGUGGUGUGUAUGGUGCCCCGAAACCCAAUGUGACCUGGUUGUUCAAGUCCAAGAUUGUGCCUCUGGACAAUGAGGACCCAUUGACUGGGUCUUUGUAUCACAUUAGAGCGAAUAACACACUAGUUAUCAGGCAUGUUAACCAGGAAGAUACUGGUGUGUACCAAUGCAUAGCUGUGAACACUUAUGGUGAACUUCGGUCUUCUGGGAAUCUCACUGUGUUAACUGCAACUCGUGCAGUAGAAGGUCUUCAGAGGUACCAAGUAGUGAAGGAGGCGGGAUCCACCAUAGAACUCAAAGGUGCAGUCUCAGUUGAUUCAUCUUUACGGUCAAGUCUGACCUAUAGAUGGUACAAAAAUGGCCAGCUAAUACAAGUAGACAACAGUCCCCACUAUACUCUGUAUAGUAAUGGUUCCCUCUUCAUCAGCUCUACACUAGUUGGUGAUAGUGGAUCAUACACGUGCAACGCCAGCACCAGCAGAGACUUUGUCAUAAUUUCUGCGAGAGUUAUUAUACAAGGUCCUCCAGAUCCCCCACAGAGGGUCAGAGUUCAUCAGCUCUCCAGCAGGCUGGUCAGAAUUAGCUGGGACGCUAGUAACGACAAUAAUGCUUUAGUCAAACGGUUCACCAUAGAUCAGCGGUCCGUUUCCUUGGCAACCAAUGCCUCCGUCAGCACCAUCAGGUACACCAUUAAUGGAACAAAACUCUGGGAAAAUCUAGAGGUCAGACCAUGGCGGAAUUACACGUACAAAGUGGUGGCUUGGAAUAGUAUCGGUCAAAGUGAGCCGAGUCUGGAGACCGUGAACUCUACUCUCACUGUACCUCCUGAUGUGCCAGAGAGACAUCCUGGUGGAGUGACACUGGAGGACAGAGACCCAAAUGUGCUGUAUAUAUCAUGGGAGCCACUGUCCUCCAAUGAAGCCAAUGGACCAGGUUUCUACUAUCUGGUGCGCUAUUGGCGUACUGACCUGCGUACCCCUGUCAUAGAGGAGAGAAGAGUCACUGGAGUGCUGGCCAAUCAUGUUCAAGUCAAUGUGGACAAUGUCCAUCCUUAUAAGGUGCAAGUUUUGGCUGGGAAUGAUGUGGGUGUGGCCCGACAUUCAGUGAGGAAUGCCACUGGAUACUCUGGAAGUGGAGUUCCCACUGUCACCCCGAAUGGACUAAGAGUGGAAUCUUUCACAAGGUUUCCUAACACUCCCCAGCCAGAAGAAGACCAGCAGCAAGUGGUGCUGAAAUGGCAUGGAGUGGAUAUCCAUUCUCAGGGCAUCAAAGGAAAAUUUAAUGGAUAUGUGAUUCGCUACUGGAGGGAAGGAGAGCCAGAGUCUAGUGCUAAAGUCAUCCAUAUACCGGUCAGUGGAAAUGGCAGUUUACGCAGAGGGCUGGUCAGUACGGAGAAUGGCCUCAGAGUGACCGUCAUGGACACACGGCAUGAACAUCAAACUUCUGAGGCUGGAGGGGCAUCGUAUGAUAGCAAUGUGCAUGUGACAGUACAAGGUCUUCCACCAUAUACCAGACUCCACACACAGGUGGCUGUGAGGAAUACCAAACAUACAGGACCAGCAAGCCCAACUGUCACAUUCACCACUCCUGAGUCAGCUCCAGGUCCUGUCAGAGAUCUCACAGUGCAACGACUGGGGCCAGUCAUCACCGAAUUCACUUUCCUACCUCCUAGAGAAAAGAAUGGCAUCCUCAGGAACUUCUCAGUGGAAAUAGAAAAAGUAAUAAAUGGAGAUCCAGUGAGACCAUCAAACAUUCUGCAUGUAGCGGUGGACAAUACGACUGCCCACAGCCGCUCCCUCCUGACCAUAGGCGCCUUAGAGCCCCAGACAACAUACAGGAUUACAGUGAGGGCCGUCACCAGGGCCGGGGCUGGGGAGGGGAGUCAUGUGACCAUAACUACGCCAGAAAUGGGCCCCCCAGGUGUUCCACUUGUUGAGGUAGAACUGCAUACAUUGACUAGUUUCAAUGUGUCAUGGAUCUCUGCCUAUAACCCAGGAACUUAUUUCUUUGUGCAAUAUAGACUCACAGGGGUGGGAAAUUGGACAUCUGUUAGUGUAGACACCAGACCUUCUUGGCAUAUUGUGCAUGGACUGCACCCUGGUGGUCAUUAUGAAGUGCGAGUGGCUGCGUCCUAUGGGCGUGACUAUGUGUCCUAUAGCAGGGUUGUCACCAUGACUGUACCUGGAACCAGGAAAAAGACUUCGUUUCAAGUGACCAGUGGGUUAACAUCAUUCAACCUAAGCCUCAAACUGGAUACGAAAAUGGCACAUGUCACACCUUUCUAUGUGCAGUAUAAGAAAGUGGGUGCUUCUACCUGGAGUAGGACUGAUACUGAGACGAGGAAACCAUGGGUGGUUGUGCAGGGUCUAGAGUCGGGGAAGCAAUACGAUGUGCGUGUUGUAGAUAUUACCCCGAGUCCACAGCGUGCUGUCAAGAUGGUCCUUCCACCUGAAGAAUCUAUAACAAAACCAGGCAUUGGUCUCUGGUUCAUCAUCUUGAUGGCUAUACUCCUGCUUGCUCUCCUAAUUUUAUUCAUUGUUUGUCUUGUGAGAAGAAACAGAGGGAACAAAUACUAUGUGGCAGAAAAUGAGAAGUGGAGAGUGGCAGCAGGUGCCCCUGCAGAUUACCCCAGCUUUCAGGAGUAUGAUAAGGGAGCUGUUGAUCCAUCUUAUCCAGUGGUGAUGGAUGAACUGGAUGAGGCUGACAGUUUUUUUGGAACAGAUGACUUUUGGGACAUGGACACGUACAGGGAAGAUGGAUCCUUCAUUGGUCAGUACACCACUCAGUACACUGCCAAACAGGACUUGACCACCACCACCACCACCUAUACGUCCAGCUACAGCCAUCCUGUCCAAUAUGAACAGACCACUAGUGGACAGUCAGAGCUGGCUCCUCUCACUGAGAAUGCUGAAGCCAGUUCCAUGGGCUCCGAUGACAUACAGCUCCAGUGUUUGACUAUCAAACAGGUGUAAGGACUGUCUUGAAUAUACUGACAUCUACAUGUUUAGUUACUGUGGGUACCAUUCUCACAUUCAAUUUGACAAAAUAUGUCGAGAGCUUCAAAAGUCUGCAAAAUUUAAUGCAUUUGUAUGAAUAGCUUUUGUGGUUUGAGGAAAGUUAAUUCACCAAAUAUAGUGAUUAUUCUGUCAACACUUACAGUAAAAGGCCAGUGUAGACAUAGAUAUUAUAAGUAAGUAUGCUAAACAAUCUCUCUCUAUAUCUUAAUUACCUCUGUAUUACAAUAUGAAUACACUUUAGGUCAUUUUUAUAAACAAACCCCCUGUAAAUGUAAUUCCUUGCGAAAAAUUUUUUGAUAGCAAAAUUGUAAAAAAGUUAAAUAUUGAUGUUUCGAGUUCUUUUUUUUGAGGGAUUAGUUUUUUUAUAUCCAGCACAUGAAGCAGGGCACUGGGCAGGGGCUUCCUUUGGAAAAUGUCAAAUUAGUAAGAUAAUAAUCUUUUCUAUUUGAUUUUAUUUUAGAUUUAUUUCUAGACAAUAAUUACAGAAAAGAGAAACCCCAACAUUAGCUUUCAUAUAUGUUUAUUUUUUAAAAUUUUAGUCUCUGUGGCCCUGAGCACCACACAACUAGGUAUUAUUUUAUUUAGUAUAUUCAAGAAGUUUCUUUUACAGCUGAUUUUUAUAGUUCAUGGGAGCCUUCUUAUCAAAAAUAAGACAUUUCUUAUAACUGAAAAGCUUGAGUUUACCCUUUUUGAUCACCUGACCCAUCUUAUUGCUCUUAUUUGCCAUAUUAUUUCAUCUGAUUAGGAUUUUUUAAAAAUUUAACACAUUUGUUUAAAUUCAAGUUCUCAAUUUUUUUUAUACAAGUC